UGGUCUAUUUGCCAACUGUAUUUGAUAUGAACCAAGCUGAAUCGUAAGUUCACUUUAGCUAUUGACAUUAUAUUCGAGAUACGGUUUAGUGUAAACAACGAAACACGAAAAACAGUUCAAGAAGUUUGUCGAAAAUGGCCGCCGAAGCUCCUGUUAGCUCCGAACCCGAAAUUCGUCUCGGAUACUGGGACAUCCGCGGUUUGGUCGAGCCAAUCCGAAUGAUUUUGUACCACAAAGGCAUUCCUUAUAAGUUCGAAACUUUCCCGAUGGAUGAGAGAGGAAAACUUCACCCGGCAUGGCACGAGGGAAAACUGGAACUGGGACUGGAUUUCCCGAACCUUCCCUAUUACAUUGACAAGGAUAUCCAAAUUGCACAAAGUGGGGCUAUUUUGAAAUAUGUGGCGAAUAAAUAUGGAAUGGGGGCUGAGAAUUCGUUGGAAGAGGCUAAAAUGAAUGAAGUUGCAGACCUGAUCAAACUUGAACUUCAUUAUUUCUUCUUCUUGACAUGCUAUAGUCGCGACCAGUUCGAGACUAUGAAGCAAGUAUCCGUUCCGCAGGCUACCGGAGUGUUCAAACAACUGGAUCAGUUUUUGGAAGAGAAGACGUGGCUGUUUGGAGACCGACUGACUUAUCCUGACUUCCAUUUAUGGUCCAUGAUGGAUGCUUAUUUGAUUCUGGAACCAACUGUGAUGGACGGAUGUGAGAGACUUCAGAAGUACAAGGAGAGAUUCGAGGAGAUCCCGUCUGUAAAAGAGUACACCUCGAGAGCUGAGUUCAAUAAGUACCAGUUAUGUCAUCCUAUUGCAGCCUUCGGAGGCUCAGGAAAACCACCCCAGUAGAAAGAACAAGAACACGAAAACAGACAAGAACACUUUCAUAUAAUAACAACAAAUGAUCGAGACACACGAAUAAUAAAUAAUAUGAAUAAUUAUCAUGGAAUUGUCAAAAAUUUUGAAUUAAAUAAAAACAAA